UCUCACUUGGAGAGUUCACUGACAUUAUGGUGGUCUUCAUUCAAUGGUCCUCACAUCUUACACUUUGCGGAACAGACCAGAGAAUUGAGAGCCGCAAUUCUGAUGGUUCUACAUGGAUAACAUGCUCGUAUCAGUUGAGAUACAUUGAUGAAGAGAAGCUACCAGAUAUCUAAUUAUCGGUCUUUAUUUUCCAAUGCGUACUCAAAAAACGUCGGACAGUAUUCUAUACUCAAAUGUCGGCCUACAGAUUGGCGGUAUCUACUGAUGUAUUAUUCUGAGCUCGACUGCAGUUAUUUUGGCGGUCUUGUGUAUUGUUCAGCCCUCCUGUCAUCAGCAGUAUUGGGGCGUUGAGUUGACCAAUCAACGUACCUUUUGAGUUGACCCCAAAUGGUUAGUACGAACUAAGGUUACAUCAACUAUUCAAGGACCACCAUUGUCCAGAAAUUGCAUGUUCGAGGCACGCCAGCAAACUUGAGAGACUCGAGCCUCGACAUAAUUCGAUUCAGUUUUGACAUUCUCUGGUGCGAUUGGAAUUCAUGAUUUCUCUCACUAUCGGUCCUAACUUCUCAUGUUCGUAAGAGAUAUAAAGAACCAAACUCUAGAGAGCGGUCGUUAGAAUCUCCUCUCAUUCUUGUAUUUGGUACACGGAAUCAUGCAUUAGCUUUGAAUAGAUUCUUGAAGAGAGAAAGGCUUAAAACCUGCCCCCCAAGGAGCUCCAGCAGAGGGGAACAUUACCAAAUUCAAUUCUCCAACGGAUUAACACCCUACUGGAAAUAUAUCCUUUUUUCUUGACUUCUAUAACUCAUUCCAAGCCGACAUCUCGCCUCGAAUUUAGGUCAUUCAACGUGGGAUCUUCAAGUGACGUACAAUUACUAGAUGAAGAUUUCUGGCAAUCUUGAGUUCUACCGAAAAAUUCUAGAUUUUGAGAACGACACCGGCAAACAUGAAUUGAUACUCGGAAAUCUCGAUCGUUCACAGCAAAGGGCAAUUCAUUCAAUUGCUGAUAGUAGGAACUUGAACUAUGAACAUCGUCAUGGUUAUGUGAGAGUCUUGCGUAAUUGUGCUACCAAUUGGAACAUCGAGGUUAUGAUCGAAAACUCUGGUGCGGAGCUCAUCGAUUACCAUGAACCAAUCGACUCCGGAAGACCCCUGGACGAACAAUCCCACUCCGAACUCGAUCUCUUUGGCUCUAAUACAGAAGUAGAGCCAUUGCUUCAAUUUUUUAGUGUGCCCAUUUCCACUGGAAUUGCCCAGGACAAUGUCGCGUCGGAAGGCUUACCGUUAGCACAACCCGAAACUGGCUCGCAAUUAGAUAUGCCCGAGUAUGAAUCUGUGGUAAUUCAUCAGCUAUCAACGGAAUCGAAAUGGACUUCAAUACACAUGUCGGCGAAGAAGUUACUUUCGCUGCAAAUUUCGGCACACCAGGAUCUCCUCGGACAAUAG